AGAAUUCUCCACUCGAAAAAGUUGAAGUGAGAAUUACCUGGAAAGGUAUUUUAAUUAUUGCCCCACUGAUAACAUCCCAACGUUUAGAACACCCUAGGUGUUAACCCAGCGUUGGACCAAAAUACAUAAAAAACAGCUCCAGUAUGGGCAAGAGUCAAAGUAAGCCCAAAACUAGGGAGGAUUUACAGUGUAAAGAUUGGAAGUAUAUAGAAAAACAGGAUCCUGAUAAAAUAAAAUAUUUGGAUAAAUGGGUAAAAGAUUACGGGUUUAAUGGUAAACUAAACGUCAAGACAAUUAAGCUACUACAGGAAACAAUACAAGACAACACUAACAAAGAUCCUAAAAAGAUGAAAAAGUCAGGUUAUGAGGAAACCAAAUAUUGGAUAAAAGUAGCUGAAAAACGGAACAUGAAUGAUGUUAAAAAAGCCUUAGAGGGCAUAACUCCAUACAAAGAAGAUGUCACGCAAUUUGUAAUUGACAUGGAAAAUGUGCGAAAAUCCUAUCAUCUAAAUGGACAAGAAGUCCAACAAAUCUGGAUGUGUGCUCUGGGACCAGAUUGGCAUAACGUUAGAGGAGAUUGGAAUCCUCUGAACACAGCAGGUGAUGGUCCUCUUCCAUGGGACAGCCAACAAAUGGCAGUAGAAGUAAACGGUCUGGCAACCAGAGCCACAGCCAGGUUUAAACAAAAAGCAAAUUACACUGAAAUAGGCAGAGCAAGACAAAAAGACGAUGAAACUUUUGAUGACUAUAGACACCGCAUGACUACAGUGUUUAAAAUCCAUUCGGGACUAAUUGACGACAAUAAUGACCAAGGAGCUUACCGACAACAGUUGAAAAAUACUUUACAUGUGGGCUCAAAAGACGCAAUCAGAAGCUGGGUGCAGAGGCACUACAUUGGACUGUCUACUGGUACCCUUGAUGAGUACAUUAAUCAUGCUUUGCACGCAGAAAAAGUUGCUAAAGAAAAAAAGAAAAAGACAGUAGGACCGUUUUUUGGUGAGGAAGAGACUGAGGAAGUGUUUUACCAUGACCAGAAUAGAGAGAGGGGAAGAAACAAUAGAGGGCGUAGAUUUCAUAGAAAAGGACAGAGAGAAGGCAGAAGCAGAGGAGGUUUUGGACAGAGAAACAGACAGAGAGAAGCAGGGUGUUGGAACUGUGGGAAAGAUGGACACUUUGCUGUAGAUUGUCCAGAGAAUAAACAACAAGCAUGACUAGAAGCUAAUGCUACUCAGACACCAAGAUUAGAUGACGUCAGUGAUCAUGAUGAAGUUCUAAUAAACUACCAGGACUUGCUUGCAGUACAUUUUGAGAAACCGAUGGUGACUUUAUGUGUAAAUGGAAAACCAAUUGAUUUUCUUUGUGACACAGGAGCAUGCAGAACAACUUGUAAGGAAAGUUUCCUAGGGCUAAAUCUAGUAAUAGCAGUAUUGCAGUACGAGCAGCAGAUGGCAAAUUGACUCAUGUGGAAGAAUCUGAGCCAGUCUGGUUGAGGGAUCCGCAGGGACAGUCAUGUCAGAUAUCUGUCUUGAUGUUCCCAGAGUGUCCAGUAAAUCUGUUGGGACGAGAUGCUUUGUUUUUGUUGGGAUUAGCUCUUGUUCCUACAUCACAGGGAAGGAUAGAGGUAAAGAGAAAAGCAGAACUAACCCAGGAAGACAUCUUUGUCUUAAAAGGUUCAGGGCUACCUUAUUACUACUAUUCUUUAGAUGUCCCAAAUAAACCCUCACACGACACUGCAACUGCAUUAAUGACAGAGGGAAGACAAGUUAUUUCCAGACCACAAGACAAAAUGGAGGAAGGAAAUUUGCAUGUCACUCUAUGGUUCAAAAUCACUCCAGGACCAGACACAGAGUAUGAAGCAAAAUUAGACAGAGCGACACCUGUUAAAAUCACAAUAGAUUACAUUUAUUCGGAUGCAGAAAAUACUGCCGUUGCAGGUGUAAUCAUACCAGAUAAUUUAAAACCACUAAACAGGUUGUGGCUUCCAUCCCAUAUUUCGCUGUACAAAAAUGAAAACUUGCAGUGGAAAGACCUGGGGAAGCUGGUUCAGCAAGCCAAAGCGGCAACUGACUGGACAGCGACCUCCGUCAACACAUGGACAAGCGCGUCCACAGGACUGACUAAAAAAGCACUGUUUUGGUCAGUCCAAGUCCAAAAAGGCGUGCACCUCCGUGGUGCUAGUGUAAAAAAUUGACAUGUGGUUUUUACUCAGGAAGAAGAAAAGCUAAUUCAAAGUGUUCCUGACUCAUUAUGGUCCAAGGGACCAACAGAUGUAGGGCUAGUUAAAGGAGCAUUACCUGUCCAGAUUAGAGCUAAGACAGAAUACCGUCCUUGUGUGAAACAAUAUCCACUGAAAGCAGAUGCACGUGAAGGCAUUAAACCAGUGAUUGAAGAUCUGAUAGCUGCAGGAGUCAUUAUAAAGUGUGACGAUUCACCAUGUAAUACACCAAUAUUUCCAGUAAAAAAACAAGCACCCUCAGUGGGUUGGCGAAUGGUACAAGAUCUGCAGGCUGUAAAUAAUGCUGUAAUACAAAGAGCACCUUGUGUGCCUGAUCCGCACACCCUUUUGAACUCAUUAAGACCAGAUGCUAAAGUCUUUACUGUAGUUAACAUCAGCAAUGCAUUCUUUUCAGUCCCAGUGGACAAAGAUAGUCAGUUUUGGUUUGCUUUUACUUACGAAGGUCAACGUUAUACAUAUACCAGAUUGCCCCAAGGAUAUUGUGAAAGUCCCACAAUAUACUCACAAGUGAUGAGUGCUAGCAUGGCUAAGUUCCAACCCCCAGGAAACAGUCAAGUUUUGUUGUAUGUAGAUGACAUACUUUUAGCUUCUCCAGACGAAGACAUUUGUAAAAAAGACUCCAUAGCACUGUUGACACAUUUAGCUGAGCAAGGCCACAAAGCAAGUAAAAAUAAGUUGCAACUGUGCAAAACACAAAUAAAAUAUUUAGGUCAUAAUCUUAGCUCAGGAGGAAGAACAAUAAUUGAAGACAGAAAGACAACAAUCUUAAAGGCUCCAAAAC